CACUCGUGCGUCGUGGACACAACUGAAAACGUUCUGCCACCGGAAACUUGCACGUGGCAACGGUGCUUGGUCCUUUAGUCCCGUUCUCUCAUCGCCGCCGUGCGCGUGUGUUGGUGUGCGUUGGUGUGACGGAUUGCGGCUGUAUGAGUGUAUCAUCGCCAGCUGUAAAUCCCAUCAAAAAAAUAUGAACGCAUAUACACGAAAGCGCCGGUUUAAAAUCACCAGGAAAAAUAAAAACAAAAAUUAAAUUAAACAAAUAAAAUGUAGCAACGAAUCAAUUUAUAACAAAGGAUCUAUCGAAAAACGGAAAGCAACGACAACGAACAAAGGCAAAUAUAAUUGCUGAGUCCCGUGAAAAGUGAAAGCAAUUGAAAUUCGCUUCAAAACAUGAAAUGAAAUAUUUCUCUGUGCAGGAUAUAUGAAAAAUCAACAGAACGGUUUCCCAAUAGUAUAUGUGUACCCAUAAGUGAGUGCGUGUGCAAUUGUGUGAACACCUACAAAGAAAAGAAAAGCGGAUACGUCAAAUAGAGGAGAAAAAGGAUACGCGAGCUUAAAGUUAAAGAACAGCCGAGCAAACCGAAGUCGAGGAUUAUUUUCGCCAACAGUAGGAACAAUAAAACUGCCAGCAGUCAUAAGAGCAGCAGCAAUAUAUACGGAUGCGUGUUUAUAGAUCUGUGACUUUCAUGUGAUCACGAUGAAAUCCAGUCAGCUGGCAGAUAGUCUCGUCAUCCCAGCGCUUCAGUACAGAUAGUCUAGAUGAUCAGAAAGAAGUCGCGUCAAUCCAGAGCCACAUCGAAAUAGGUGAAGACAGUUUAACAAUAGCUCGCUCAGGUCGCACAACGUGAAGCUCCACUGUGCAAGGAUGGGGGAAAGUCAGCUGCUGCUGUUGCUGCGGCUCCUGCUGCUUCCUACAGUCCUCAUUUCCUGGAUGCACUGUGCCGGGGCCUCCACGGCGGACAUCUACAAGGGCGCUCGCCUGGGCCACCGUAUCGUUCAGACGCGCUAUGGCCGACUUCAUGGACUCAUCCUGCCCCUGGAUAGCUUUCGCUUCCUGCGAUCCGUAGAGGUCUUCCUGGGUGUGCCAUAUGCAACGCCUCCCACCAAACAAAAUCGGUUUAGUCCCACGAGAGCUCCAGCGCCUUGGGACGGCAUCCGGAUAUCGGAUAAAUACAGUCCCGUGUGUCCGCAGCGUUUGCCCAAUAUCCAAAAUGAGACGGCGGCGCUGGAGAAGAUGCCCAAGGGUCGCCUGGAGUACUUAAAGAGAUUGCUGCCAUUUCUUGAAAACCAGUCCGAGGACUGCCUGUACCUAAAUGUGUUCUCGCCGGUCAAUGCCGGGGCCAAUGAGAAGAAGUUGCCGGUGAUUGUGUUCAUACACGGCGAGUCCUUCGAGUGGAGCAGCGGAAAUCCUUACGACGGCAGUGUCCUGGCGAGCUACGGGGAAGUUGUGGUGGUAACACUCAACUACCGACUCGGAAUAUUAGGUUUCCUCAACGCCAAUCCCAAUCCACAUGCCCAUGCCAGAGUGGCCAACUACGGGCUGAUGGACCAGAUGGCUGCCCUGCAUUGGAUUCAGCAGAAUAUCCAAAAGUUUGGCGGAGAUCCCAAUUCGGUGACGUUGGCGGGUCAUGGAACGGGUGCAGCCUGUAUUAAUUACCUAAUGACCUCGCCUACAAUGGUCCGUGGUCUCUUCCACCGGGCUAUUCUCAUGUCCGGAUCAGCGUACUCAUCGUGGGCUUUGGUCGAGGAUCCAGUACUAUUUGCCAUCAAGCUGGCCAAGGAGGUUAACUGCACCAUUCCCGAUGAUAUCAAUCGCCACCACGAGCAGAUUGUCGAUUGUCUGAGGGAUGUUCCCCUGGAAGACCUUUACCUAGCCGACAUUCAGGCUCCAAAUUUUCUCACAUCCUUCGGGCCUUCGGUUGAUGGCGUUGUCAUACGACCCGGGCAUUCCAAUCUCGAUAUCGAUGAUUUAAUGGCGCGCAACUCGAGGCGCUCGUCAGCGGACUCCGGUUUCCAGUCGUCCGCCGGAGGUGGUGGCGGGCAAGGAGGCGGGGCCGGUGGCGGAGGAGGCGGUGGCUCCGGAUCGUCGUUCGGCGGUGGAUAUUUCGGCGGCAGCGGGGCCGGAACGAUGAAUAUGGGCGGUCACUAUGACGUCCUGUUUGGCGUCGUUACGGGCGAAUCGAUUUGGCGCUUCAGUGCCCACGAUAUACAAAAUGGUUUCGAGGGCGAGAGACGCGAUAAAAUUAUCCGCACCUACGUCCGCAACGCCUACAAUUAUCACCUCAACGAGAUUUUCUAUACGAUCGUCAACGAGUACACGGAUUGGGAUCGCACCUCGCAGCAUCCGAUCAAUACCCGCGAUACGGCUGUAGCCGCCCUAUCCGAUGCCCAGUUUGUGGCACCGAUUGUGCGGGCUGGUGAUAUCCUGGCGGCCAAUUCCCCGCCGCCGGUCAGCUCAUCCUCGACCGCUGGGUCGCCGGGUGCAAAUGCGGCUGCUUCGACCUCAGCGGGCUCCACUCAGCCCUCCGGUCGGUGCUACUUUUACGUGUUCGAUUACCAGACAAAGGACGGCGACUAUCCACAGAGAAUGGGCACUGUGCACGGCGAGGACUUGCCCUACAUUUUCGGCGCCCCACUGGUCGACGGCUUUAGUCACUUUCCGCAAAACUACACCAAAUCGGAGACGGCUCUUUCCGAGGCGGUGAUGAUAUUCUGGACCAACUUUGCUCGCACCGGCAAUCCCAAUGAACACCAUCGCCAGGACUCGUCGCUGCCGGUUUCAAAGGAGCGCAACCGCUUUCGCAGCAUCACCUGGGAAAAUUAUGAUCCGCUGCACCAGAAGUAUUUGGAAAUAGGAAUGAAGCCGCGCAUUAAGAAUCACUUUCGGGCCCAUCAACUCUCGAUUUGGCUGCGCCUGAUACCGGAGCUUCAUCGCGCCGGGAUGGAGGAUGUGAUAGCCCGGCACAAUCUGUUCCGCAAUCACGACGAUAUGGACCUGUACGAGGGACCCGUUAAACCGGAUCCGUUUGGCAUAUCGACAGCCGCCGGAGCAAGUGGCUCCUCAUCCUCGUCGUCGUCCUCAUCCCGCCUUCUGCUCGUCGAUGAGCAAUUGAUGAUGAAGAAGGGACGCGGCCUGAACGGCUCGGCCUAUUUGAACGGCAUAUUGGGCGUGACCACCGUGGAGCCGAACAACAUGUACACGACCUGCAUACCCAUUGGGGGAAACUACUCGAGCAGCGGUGGUGUCUUCGCACCCACCACUCUGGCCAACGCCUCCUCGGACACUCUGGCCUCCGGAUUCGAGGCAGCCGGCUAUGCGGCCUAUUCGACGGCCCUGAGUGUUACGAUUGCCAUUGGCUGCAGCCUGCUCAUACUGAACGUGUUGAUUUUCGCCGGAGUCUACUAUCAGCGCGACAAGACGCGGCUGGAGGUGAAGACACUGCAGAAGCAGUACCAGCAGCGUAGCCUGCACCAGCAGGUCCCCUACCCACCGGAGCCCAUCAAGCACGCCCACUACCACAUGGGUCACUCGCAGAGCUCGGCCAAUGUCAUCGUCGAUGUGGAGAGCCAUCAGGACCAGGCCGGCCAGGCGGCCAUGUUGCUCCAAGCCGCAGCAGCAGCCGCAGCAGCAGCGGCCAACGACGUGAAGCCACCGCCACCGCACAUCUGCUCAAACACAGGAAUGCAACAGCAGCAGCAAGUGGGUGGUGGCAGCGGUGGUGCCCUGAAUAAUGGUGGCAUCGAGGGGUCCAAGGUGACCACAGACAACCUGGGCAACGUCACCUACAGCACUAGCUCCAAGCAGCAGCAGCAACACCAGCAACAACAGCAGCAGCAGCAGCGUGAGCACAUGCAAAUCAAGGGAAUGACCGGCACGCAAACAUUCGGACGAAGUGGCUCCGGAUCGGGAGGCGGGGCUGGGGGCGGAGCCGGUUCCGCUUCCGGUGGCGCCUCCGUGGUGGUGUCCGGCAGCAGCGUUAGCUACAAUCCCGGCAUGAUGACGCUGCCCAAGUCGGGCGGUCUCCAUCAUGCGGCCACUUUGAAUUAUGCGCGCAACACGACCGCCUUGAAUAUGUCGGGCGGCGGCACCGCCCUAGUGGAUAGUCGCGGCAAUGUCCUGCUCACCAGCACCGCAGUGGGUCCUGGCAUGGCCGGUACUGGUGCUGGAGGAGGAUCCUCUGGUGGCGGCGGAGGCGGAGAUUGCAUGACCCUGCCACGCAAUCUUGGUCUGGCGGCCGCAGGACGACACAAUCCCACUACAGAGCUGCAGCAAUAUCAGCAGCAACAGCAGUCGAGCAAACAUCAGUCGAAUGGAGCUGUCCUCACUGGCAUGCAGUCGCAUCACAUACGCGGACCACGCCCACCGCUCCGCACCGCCUCCUCGACGACAACGAACAGCAGCAGCAAUAACUCGGCAAUGGGCGUGGCCGUGGGCGUAGGCGGGGGCGUUGGUAACAUGCUCCUGGACCAAACGCCAUCCGGCGGCAGCAGCAGCAGCGGCGUAAGCAGCGCACCCAGCUCCUCAAAGGGUCACCACACCCACUCGCACUCCCAUGCCGCCCACCUGGUGCACUCGCACGGCGACGGCCUCGUCCUGACCUCCGCCUCGCCCGUGGGCGGCCAGCAACAGCAGCACCCGCAGCAGCAUCAGCAUCCGCAGCAGCAGCAGCAAGUGCCGCAGGCGGCGAUGGACGAGAUGCGCGUCUGAUAGGUAUCGGUCUUUGAGUUGGACUUAUAGUCAUCAACGGGCUCCAUAGAAACCCUGCGAGCGGAAACGCCCGAGGAGUUCUAUGCACCCAAGCAGCCGGAUGAUGACGGCCAACUCAAUGGGACACCAGUGGAUGCAGAUGCAGCGACACAGGUGGUGGGAGCGGGGAGAACCGGCGGAAUGGGUGCACCGCCCAUCUCCGCCAGUGACCACAAGCAGCGACAGCUGAAGAAGCUGCGCUUUAAGCGGGAAAUCCACGCCCUGGCGCUGGAGGGUGGCGAUGUGGCCAGGGGCUACUGCUCCUGCGACGAGCAGUGGACGAACUCCUCCUCGCCGACGUCCACCACCACAUCGGCUACCAUGUCGCCGACACUGCCGGCUGGCGGAAGUGCAGGCGACGCUGGACGCCAUGCCACCGGAAACGGGCCUGGAAACUCCAGCGCUGGCAGCAGCGGUAUUGUCAAAAUGGCGGCGGCGCCUGGAAAGCGAAGCGAGCGGCUCAAGCAGCAGCACCAUGUGCGCUUUUCCGACGAGAAGAACUUCUCGGACUGAGAGGGAAAACCAACUACUAGACUGCACCUAAUCUCUGUUUAGUCAUAGGCUAACCAUUUUUUCCCCUCUCCUGCGAAACGGAGGGGAGAAGAUCAAACAAAUCAUUUGAAAACCCAACAAAUUAUAUGAAAAUCCGUAGAUAAAAGUUAUCAACUAAGAGAAAAUUUUAAAUAUAGUUUGAAGAUGUUAGUUAAAUAUCUGUGUUUAGUUGCUCGAUAGAUUUGUUGUGAACCAUAUAUGCAUAUAUAUAUAAAAAUAUAUAUGAAUAUAAUCAAGUAGCCACGUAAGUGUAGCACAAAUGCAUUUUUUCCACUCAUCAGCAAAUUGAAAACAAAUAUUGAUGGAAAUUGUUGAUAACGGCAUUCUGUUGGCGGCAUUGUAAAUAUUCUAGAAAAAAUUAACACAAAUGUGGUAUUAUUUACUUAAAGUAAAAAAACACAAAAAUGAUAUAAAACUACACUAAAUAUAUAAAAGAAAACAAACAUGGCUCAAAAUAGAUUAGAUUAACAAAGAACGUAAUGAGAUGCAUAAUUAAAAACAAAUAACUAGUUAAUUAUUUAAAUUAAUACUCUGAGGAUGAGGAAUAAACAGUGACGCUUUUUUUAACUGUGUACAAAAGCAACCGAUUCACUAGAGGAUAAAACUAAAAGUGCAUUAAUGCUUAAUUUAAUGAACGGUUUUUACACUCAAUCGAAUUAUUGCAGAGCAGGAAAUUUGAUGCAGAAACGCAACAAGUUAAUUGCAUUUUUAUGCUUAUAAAAUAUUUGUUUUAUACCGUUUUUUUCUUUGUAUUUCCGACUAAUCUAAUGAAAACUAUUGUAACUCAAAUUACUGUUGUCCUUUUUUUUUUUUUUUUUUUUUUUUUAUUUUACUUUGCUUUUAUUUAUUGAAUCUUCUUGUAUAAGAACUAACAAUAAGUUUAAAAAUCUUAACUAUAACAAGUAUUUUUUGAACAGUUGUAUUAUUUUUCCAACUGUUCUAUAUUU